AUGAUCUUAUCAAGGAAGAAGCCGUCUGUCCAGUCAAGUGACAAAAUUGUCUCGGAUGAUUUGCGUAGAUGGAGAGAAGUUCCUAAGUUAGAAGACUUUCUUAAUGCCAGGGACUUUGUUGGUGCGAUUACUCUUCUUGAAUUUGAACGGCACACAGAUAAACCAAAAAAAGAUGUCGACUUGUGGAUUGCGUAUUGUCGUUUUCAUCUUGGUGACUACAAACAUGCUGCUGAUGAUUAUAAGAGACUUCUUUCCGACAAAAAACUCGCUCCAACCAUUAGGACUUACUUGGCAUGCUGUUAUUUCUUCAUGGGAAUGUACAAAGAGGCUCAAGAAGAGGCAAACCAAGCUGCGCAAUGUCGACUGCAAAAUCGACUUCUUUUUCACAUUGCUCACAAAAUGAACGACGAGAGAGAUCUUCUUACGCACCACAACCGACUCUGCGAGAACUUAGAAGAUCAGCUUUCUCUUGCCUCCAUUCAUUGUCUUCGCAAUCACCAGCAAGAAGCGAUUGAUAUAUAUAAAAGAAUCAUGCUGGAAAAUCGUGACUACUUAGCUCUUAACGUCUAUCUCGGUUUGUGUUAUUACAAAAUUGACUACUAUGACGUGGCACAGGAAGUUCUUACUUUGUACUUACAACACUACCCGGACAGUCCUACAGCUAUCAACCUACGCGCAUGCAUUAACUAUCGUCUCUACAAUGGCAAAAUAGCAGCCUCCGAGCUAAAGGACCUCCAAGACUCCUCUUCUCCAUGUCUCUCAUACGCGAAGGAUUUGAUUAACCACAAUCUUGUUGUCUUCAGAAAUGGCGAGGGCGCAUUACAAGUAUUUCCCCCCUUGAUUGACGUUCUCCCAGAAGCAAGACUAAAUCUUAUUAUUUAUUACCUGCGGCACGAAGACUUCAAUUCGGCGUAUGAUUUGGUGAGCGAUAUGGACCCCACCACACCGCAAGAAUAUGUGCUGAAAGCGAUAGUCAACGCCGUGAUUGGACAAGAAACCACCUCCCGCGAGCAUCUUAAGCUCGCACAGCAGCACUUCCAACUAGUUGGUGGAUCUGCAAGUGAGUGUGACACAAUUUCGGGGCGCCAGUGCAUGGCUUCUUGUUUUUUUCUCCUCCAUCAAUUUGACAGUGCUAUAAUCUAUCUCAAUUCUAUCCAAUCAUACUUUUACAAUGACGACAUCUUUAACUUCAACUACGGCCAAGCAAAGGCUGCUGUUGGAGCUUACAAAGAGGCACAAGAUUUAUUUCUACUCAUCCAAUCAGAAAAACUACGAAACGACUAUGUUUAUCUCAGCUGGCUGGCAAGGUGUUACAUUAUGAACAAGAAGCCGCGUUCUGCGUGGGAGCUUUACCUUAAGAUGGAGACCUCAGCGGAGUCCUUCAGUCUGCUCCACCUCAUUGCCAAUGAUUGCUACCGAAUGGCACAGUUCUACUAUGCAGCAAAGGCGUUUGACGUACUAGAGCGCUUGGAUCUCAAUCCGGAGUACUGGGAGGGUAAGAGAGGUGCUUGUGUAGGAGUCUUCCAACUCAUAUUAGACGGCCAAGAGCCUAAGGAGACCCUUCGAGAGAUCCUCCAGAUCCUUCGCAACACGAACAAUGCGCAAACGGACUAUUUCAUUCGUAUCAUGAAGAAGUGGGCCACUGAGCACUCUGUCACCGUAUAA